UUUCGUUAAUCGGUGCGAUUCUUACUUUGGGUGAUUCGUAAAAAUGUACCUGGAAGAAUAGCAUUGUUGAAGUCGUAAUGUCCCUCACCUAAAUGAGAUCCAAAUAGCGGUCGUAACUUGAGGUUUUGCAAGUAAGUGCACUGAUGCAACGAUUUCAAUACUGUAGAGACAUGAUCACAAAGGAAGGAUUCGAGAAAUACAAUAAGUUUUGUGAAUUCUUGUAUACAAUAUACUGCAGGACAGGAGAGAGAGUAAUUCGUAAAGGACAAUAGGGAGUGCGGUUUUACAUGAUUUUGUAAGGAUAAGUUUCAUUGGUGAGCUACAAACCUAAGAAUCGUAAGGCAUAAAUGAUGAUUGAUUAAGAGAAAGUAAACAAGUUAAGGUUAUUUAAAGGAAACAGUUCCAAAUUAUGAGGAUGAUACUUUAUUUAGCGCUUUCAGUUUUAAAGAUUUGAAUCCAGGAGAUCAUUUUGGGGAUAUGUCAUUAUUAGAUAAUGGAUAAGUGUCAUGUACCAUUAUUUGUAAAACCUUUUGUUAAUUUAUAUGUAUGGAUAAACAACAGUUUGUUAAAUUUAUUGGAAAAUCAGUACCAGUUUUAUAAAAAUUAAAAAUAUUAGAAGAAUAGUCAAUAUUUAAUUGUUGGACUGAUGGAGAGUUGAGAGCAUUAAGUUAUGAAUUCAAGAGUAGAAUAUAUCAUCAAGAAGAAUUCUUAUAUUAAGAAGGAUAAAAGAAUGUUUAGGUCUUUUUAAUAAUGAAUGGAUAAAUUGAGAUGACUUCAACUCGUGAUAAUUAAACAUAUCAUCUUAGUUCCUUAGAUAUUGGUGCACUCUUUGGAGAUGAUUCUGAUUAUCAUACAUGCAAUGCUAAAUGUGUUUCAGCUAGAGCCGAAGUUCUUGUAAUUGGAAGACAAGUUUUAAAUAGAAUGUUAGAUUGGCAUCCUGAAUCUAAAAUAUUGUACAAAUUAUAAUUAUGUAUUCUCAUCUUAUUUAUCCUAGAACAAAAAGCUAGUUGGAGAUAAGAGAGAUUAAAUAAUCUUAUUGAAUGUCAUGAAGAAAAAACUAAAUGUAGAAGAACUUAAUCUGUUAAAAUGCAAUUAUUGGAUUUAUUAAUUAAACCUAAGUAUUAGAAAAUACGUCUAUCUCCUUGUGUUAAGAGAGUCACUAAUAUUCAAGAUACUAUGGAUUUUGAAGAAAAAAAACUAAAACAUAAAGAAAUUUUGGAAAAACAAAAUCUUGUUAUAUCUUAACGCAAAAUUGAAUUUUUUAAAUUGGGUCAAACAUUUACAGAAAAAAGAAGAAAAAAGCAAAAAUAAUAAUAGGAGGAAUUAAAUGCCAAAUUAAAAAGAUAAUGUGAAAGUGUUCUUAUUUCAGAACCUCCACUGGAAAAACUUAAUAGAGCAUCAAGUACUAUCAUGACAAAAACAUCAUAAACUUCUUUAAAAUAAUCACCUGUCAAAAAACUUCGAAAAGUAUUUUCUAUUGAAGGAACAACCAUUAAUAUUCAUUAUAGAUAAUGA